AUGCCCUGGAGGCCUCUGCCUCGAAUUGCCUUUGCGGUAGCCAUUUACCCGUUCCACCCCUCGUCCCCGGCAGACCUACCCCUCGAACUCGGCGAUGAAUUAUACAUUAUAGAACAAGGCGGCUCAGAUGGAGAAUGGUGCCGUGGCUAUCUCGUUGCGCCGCCGUCUCUAUUGGCGGGUUUAACGAGUACCAAGGGUCAAACUCUGGAGGCCCGCGUUUUCUCCGGUAUUUUCCCGCGGAACUGCGUUGAGAUUCGAGAAGUACUGGGCGACGGCGAUGGUUACAGGGCAAUGCUCAAUGGAGACCGGAAAAGUUUAGACCGAUUGACCUUGGCCGGUUUCGAUGUAGACUCCGUGUCCCGAAACAGCGUGGCCUACUCUAUGGGAGAGUCAACCACCGUCGGCGAGGUGUCGGACGUGGUGGUCGCAAAGAAGGGAAAGCCAGCGCAGAUCGUGAUCAAUAAGAACGAUGAAUCAGACCUGUCGAGUCCGCGAUCUGUGCAUACCUACCGGACGGGGUCGAUCCCACACACACCGAUGUCGUUUACGCCUCGAGAUCCCGAUGCGCCUAAACCCGCCGCGCCUGUGCCCAUGUUGAAAAUCGGAGACGAGACCCCAACUUCUCUUACGGAACCUCUGGUCGACGAAAUUGCCUCCUGCCUCCGCGAGUGGCACUCUACCAACCUACACGAGCUGCUCCUUGCUCGGCAAUAUGAUGUCCUGGAGGAGAUGUCUACACUUGUUCAAGAGUUGGACUUUUCGCGACGCCAAUUGCUUCAUAAUGUGUUGACGGGGAAAGAGAAGGAAACACUGCGCGAUGCGACGGUCUGGAAACUUGUUCGAGCGAACAAAAUGCUCAGUGGAGAUAUCAUUGUGCGCGACCCCGAACAAAGAGGCCGAUUGUUGACAGGCGAAGACUCCGCGGUUCAAUUGGCCAAGUUGCAAUCCGAAAUGAGUAUGCUUGAUGACCGCCCCACGACCUCUUCCGACACAACGGCAUUGAAUCACCUUCUGCUGGAAAUCAAUGCUGUAUCUGGGAACGUCCCGGGCCCAGUGACUCUUGGAAUGCAGCUGUACUCUCGAUCCGACCCUGGUACAUUCAGUGCGCUGUCUGAGACAUACAGCUUGGACAUUCCGUCUCCCGACAAGUUUAUCAGUUUGACUCAAAGUAACAAGUUGAAAACCUUGUUCACCGAGCUUGCUGCGACUGAUAUCGGUGAUGGCAGUGCGAAUGGGCGUCAACUUUAUCUGGUUGCUUCUGUUCGGACAGCGGAAACUCGGUCUGCAGCCGAGCCAACCCCAUCGAGGUCUUCAAUGUCGAGGGAAGGCCCGAUUACUACAAGGACAGCCAACGCAGGGGGUGUACAGCCGUCAGUCAAGGGAAGCCUGAGGACACGGCGCAGCAUGAUGUGGUCCCCCAAGCCACGAGGUAGUCCGACCCUCGACCAGCCAGUCAAGUCUGCAGCUCAAGCGGCUCCUCGGUCAUCAAGCGGCUCGUCCAACGCUCAGGAGGCGCCCACUCCUCAACCGGCGCCCACCAAAGAGUCCUCGGCCAUUCGCACCGUUGGUGUUGGCAUCCUGGAGGUGUCGCCGAUUCUCCGACAAGAUAAGGAAGCUGAGCAGGUGAUUAACAUCUGGUCAGCUCCACGAGAGGGCGAAGAAGGCGAGCGUUAUGCCGAGGGCUUCGACAAGUUACUUCACGUCUUGCUUCCCAGCCCCAACGGCCGGUAUGUACGAUCUGCCUCGGCCGGGCGCCUGCAUCUCCACCUGCAUCCAUUCACCAGCAUCGACCCCGAAGCCCUUGUUCGGCAAAACCCCACGAUUCUGCACGAUGUCGUGCAGACAAGGCGCAUUGGGUUCUCAAAGGCACCUGCGAAGCCGAGAUCUGACAUCUAUGUUACGCUCUCGCAGGCCGUGCUCCCUACCGAUGCGUUGCUUUCUCAUCCGUUCGCUGGCCAGAUUCCUCUCCAGACGAAUACUGGUCUCCGCAACCUCCAACUAACAUUGGAAGUCCGCGAUGCAUCUGGAAUACGCGUGGACAAAUGUGUCUUCCCGUCCUCCGCCCCGACCUCCGCUACAGCAUGGCGUACAACAAUUGCCGAUCGUGGCUGUCCUUGGAAUCAGACAAUCCGUCUAAAUAUUCCUACAGACCGGAUUCCCGGAUCGCAUAUUAUUAUGAGCGUUGCGGAUGCGCCAGAGUUCCCCUUCGCUCUCGCGUGGAUGCCCCUUUGGGACCAGAAAGCAUUCAUUCGAGAUGGCCAGCACUCCUUACUGCUCUAUGCAUAUGACAAACAGACCUCUAGCAUUGAGAAUGGGAAGGGUGCCUACCUGAGUCUUCCAUGGAGUGCACUUGGCAAGAAUGAAUCUGCCAAGGAUGAAGCCGUCACCGGCCCUCUAGCUACUUUGCGCCUCGAGACCCAUCUGUGCAGCACUGAGUACUCGCAGGAUCAGGUCAUCUUGAGUCUGCUACACUGGAAGGAACGCUCGGUUGAUGAGGUUCUCAGCACCUUGAAGCGUCUGCUUUUCGUCCCAGAGAUCGAGAUCGUCAAGCAACUUCGUGGAGUGUUUGAUGCGCUAUUCGGAAUCCUCGUGGAGAACGCCGGUAACGAAGAAUAUGAAGAUCUGAUAUUCAACAACCUGGUCACCGUCCUGGGAAUCGUUCACGACCGAAGAUUCAACCUAGGCCCCUUGGUCGACCACUACGCCGAUGAACAAUUUAACUUCCCAUUCGUCACCCCAUGCCUCAUUCGCAGCUAUUUGCGCCUUUUGAACGCGGCUACCGAGCUCCACCAGUCUCGCAAUCUCCGCGCCGCCUUCAAGGUGGGACGCCACUUGCUCAAGUUCAUCAUCAAAGCCCGCGAGCAGCAAAAGGCGAAGGAGGAAGGUAUUGGAAUUACUACUGUGCAGUCUACUUUCAAUCGAGACUUGCAUACGAUUUUCAAGUCCAUGGAAACUUUGAUGAAGGACACCUCCCCGAGUUUGGUGGGAAGCAAGACCUUGAUCGUGCAGCACUUUCAUUCAUGGCUCCCUGAGCUGUCCAAGGUCCUCGGCCGGGAUGAAAUGAUUAUGAUUGCUUUGAGUUUCAUGGAUUCAUGCAAAGACGUGACGGGAAUGUUGGUGCUCUACAAACUCGUGCUCAUCCAGAACUACACCCAGUUCGAGAUCUUUGAUUCUGGCGAAGAAAGAAAGACCUUGAUUUCUAGCUGUAUCGGAUGGCUGGCGCCUUACUGGGGUUCGAUCGGAAGUGUCUCAGACCAAUACCGAGACCAGGUCCGACUGAACAGUGCAAUCGUUGCUCAAUUGCUCACUCAGCCGGAUCCUCAACUGUAUGAGUUCAUGCCGAGCAUCGUCGCCUCUUACUGUGCCAUCGCAACGGAGGGCGUGGAAGAGACAGAAUAUUUGUCUCUGCUCUUCAGCAAGUCCUUCCCCUUCCAGAUCAAGACCUCCACGAUCCCGCAGAAGUUCGAUGAGUCUCUGUUGGAAUUGUCUUCUAUUAUGGCUGCCCUGGCUAAUAUUACGACACCCAAGAUGCCCGCUUUGAAAGACCUGGAGCUCGCGACUUUCGUCACUCAAGCAUUUGAAGCUCACAACUCCAUCAUGGAUUGUGAGGCGUAUCCUGAAAACUGGUUCAGCAUUCAUGUAUACAACCAUCGGGCAGCCAUCAAGAGUCUUGAACAUCUUGCAUUGCUCCUGAUCGAAAAGUUCCUCCCGAAUCCCGACGAUGCUGAUACCUUCGAUACCAAACUUUGGGAAUCUUUCUUCAUGACACUGCUAAAGGUCAUUUCCAGUGAUGCUCUCGCGCUUGAGACUUUCCCUGAGCAAAAGCGUCGGGCUGUCUGGAAGAUUGCCGGCGACGUUCGCGAGCAAGGUGCGGACCUGCUUCACUCCACCUGGGAAGCGAUCGGUUGGGAUACCUCGGAUGAGGAGCACCAGCGGUUUGGGCUAAAGAAGUUGGGCGGUUAUCAGGUUCAGUAUGUUCCGAACCUGGUUCCCCCGAUUAUUGGCCUUUGUUUGAGCGUGCAUGAAGGCCUGCGCCACGUUGCCGUUCACAUUCUCCGAACAAUGAUCCUGAGCGAGUGGGAUCUUAACCAAGACAUUUCGAUCGUCGAAACGGAGAUCAUCUCCAGCCUUGAUUCUCUCUUCAAGUCCAAACAGAUGAGCGAGAGUGUCAGUCAGAAGAUCUUCGUUGGGGAGCUGCUGGACCUGUUUGAGGGUGAUGCGGAAUCUGACGAAGACCUUUUCAAUGCUAUGAAGGGUCUUAUCGCGACUGUUGAUGAGCUUCUUGACCUGCUCGUGGCCUCUCAGAGCAGCUCAUCCAUUCAGAGUCUCCACGCUCUGAAGCUUAUGGAGUACAUGAAAGACAUGGGCCGGGAAGACAUCUUUAUUCGUUAUGUCCAUGAAUUGGCAGAUGCCCAAAUUGCUGCUGGCAACUUCACCGAGGCUGGCCUUGCCCUGCAGUUCCACGCCGACCUCUACGACUGGGAUCUCAACAAACCCGUUUCAGAGAUUAUGACGCCGCCUUUCGUUGCUCAAAGCGCAUUCGAGCGGAAGGAAGCUCUGUACUUCUCAAUCAUCCAGCACUUUGAGAAUGCGAUGGCUUGGGCUCCUGCGCUUGCUUGCUAUAAGGAACUUGCUGCCCACUAUGAAGCUACAACUAUGGACUUUGCGAAGCUCUCCCGGGCUCAGAGCUCCAUGGCUCGGAUCUACGACUUCGUCGCCAAGGGUGACAAGCAGUUCCCCCGGUACUUCCGUGUCGUCUACAAAGGUCUCGGAUUCCCGUCCAGCCUGCGUGACAAGGAGUUCAUCUUCGAGGGCUCACCCACAGAGCGCAUGGCCUCGUUCGUGGAUCGCAUGCAGCGGGAACACCCCACUGCGCAGAUCAUGUCGUCUGGCGAGAUCUCCGAUUACGAGGGCCAGUUCCUCCAGAUCAGCGGAGUCACUGCCCACCGCGAUGUUUCUCAUCCCGUCUUCCAGCGCUCCAAGGUGCCACACUCUGUUCGUGAGCAUCUUUUGAUCUCGCAUCCGUCUCGUUUCUCAGCGACCUCUCGGAGGCAUACCAGUAGCUCGGACGUGCGUGAGCAGUAUGUUGAGAAGCUCAUCUUCACUGUCGCGGAGCCAUUCCCGAACAUCCUUCGCCGCAGUGAGAUUAUUUCUGUCCAGGAGGUUGCCCUCUCUCCUCUUCAAACGGCCAUUGAGCGUACGUGGCGCAAGACACAGGAGCUGCAGCUCCUGGGACGCCGGGCAGCAUCGGGUGAAGACAACGGCUUGUCGAACUUGACCGAGGCUCUGGAGCAAUUGCUUGAGAUGCGUGGAUCGUCCUCCAACUGUGUUGCUUUGUACCGUGCGUUCCUUGGCGGAGUACAGGGCACGAAGAACAGGCUUGAAGAGGAAGAGAACGAGGAUGCCGAUGACCAGGAGGACGAGGAGCCAGAGGAGCCAGAGACGGUGGAUCCGAUGGAGAAUGCUCUUGCCGUUGCUCUCAUCGACCAUGCCUUGGCGAUCAAGCAUGGGCUGUCCCUGUACCAGCGCCCUGCACAACAAGCCACUCAGGCAGAGCUGCUGCACCGCUUUGAAAAUGUCUUCAAGCCUGAACUGGCAUCCCUCAUGACAUCCCCGCCAGAGUAUCAGAGCCCGACACCGACCCAGCCACACCGAUCUUUCACCUCGGAGUCGCGUCGAAACCAGGCUGUGCAGCGCUCCGUGAGCCCCGAGCAAGAGCUUAUCCGAGCAUCUCGGGGGAAUAAUACUCACACGCGUAAGCGCUCAGAACGGCAGUCGGUCAGCAAUCGCAUUAGCAUCAUCAACCCUUUCAAGCGAUCCCACGGCCAAUCAAACUCCAUCUUCACCAUCCAGCAGUCGGACGGCAAAGACAAGAAUAUUGAUGAGCGCGAGGAAACGGAUGAUGACGCAGCCACCAUCCACAGUCUGGCCACCAGCCAUUCCCGGGGUGGUAAGAGUGACAAGAGGCGCAGCUGGUUCGGCGCCCAAGCCAAGCACGGCUCCUCCCCGUCCAUCGGCGACGAGGCCAUGAAAAAACGACUCUCCCGCAGUGCAUCACGGGAUACGGCCGCUCAAUCUCAUGAUGAUCGCAGUCGCGCAGGUUCCCAGCAUCGGGGCCCCGCCGCCAGCGGUGCUAUAUGCAGUCCCUCUGAGCGACCGGCGCCCGCUUCGAGCGGCGGCUGGUCUACAAUCCCUCCAACACGCGAUUUCCCUCAUCCGGUGACGCGUGAAAGCACGCACGGGAGCCGCGAAGUCCCCUCGAAGAGUGGUACGAACGGUAUGAACGGUGGCUCUUCUCAUCCGACGGCGACUGCCAACGACAACAAUACUACCGGGGUGCGCGAUUCGGUGUUCCGACGAUUCAGUCUCCUCAAGGGGGUCGGCCGCAAGAGCAGCCGGAUGGAUUUCAAAGCGAACGGCGCGCUGCUGGAGGAGUAA